UGGGCGGUGCUAAAGAGGAGUAUUACAAACAGGCAGCUACAAACAGGCGGCUCCGACAUGAACGCCAUCUGUCCCCGGCUUCCGUGAAACCCAAGCCGAGUACUCAUGUGAUUCGUUGCUCGACAACUCUAUUGGAAAAGAAGAUGGUCACCAAAAGGAAUUGUUCGGAGUACAUGAAGAAAUUUAAAAACCCCAAAUGGGAGACUUGCUCGAAUUGUUAUGAGGACAUGCUCAGUUAUAGGCUGGGUCGCAGACUUCUAGAACAAUCACACAACCCUUGGAUCUGGAUUGGAUCUGACACCGACUCGGAUUCUGCUGGAGAAAAUUUACCUCGGCCCGACAGGAGCCAGGCCCAGUCUUCUGAGACAGGUGAUGAGCCUGUAGGGGUGCAACUGCGGGAGCAUCAGGGGUCCAGGACUGAUGUACCGAGACUUCCCGUUCUGGAAAAUGAGGAACAUGAUGAUCCUCCUCAAGGGAUCAGAGAGGCACCAGAAGAACAGAGUUGCAGUAAACACAAAAGUUUUACUCACAGAGGAGCACAAACAGAAAAAGAUCCUCCAGCUCCACGGAAACAGCAAACAAAGCCACAGAGGAUUCCUAAGUUUACAUGCGUCCAGCGGGUCAAAAAAACUGCAGUGGCGCGGCCUCCGGAUGAGAAUCGCAGACAUCCUUUUGCUCUGUAUGCUUCUGGUGAGAAGGAUGCCGACACUGCCGGGAAAAAGACGUACAACGUCCGACCCGCUGCUUCGACCAAUCAGAUCCAUGUAUCUGCUCUGAGGGCCAAGUCGAGACGGGAAAUAGAACGACACGUCCGGUUCCAGCAAAGUGAACUACCUCGAGCCAAGUCGGCUGAUUUGGGAAAAGUCAGAAAGAACGUUCAAACUGAAUUCAACCCUUGGCUCACUGAGUACAUGCGCUGCUUCUCUGCUCGCUCUCGAUGAAACACGAACAAUUCAAAAAAUAUGAUUAUACUAUUAUAAUAAAUAUUCAGACACAUAUAGAUAUUUUUUCAGACUGAUACCAAUAUGAGUACUCACUCUUGAGCACUCAGCAUUACUGAUACCAAGUACCGAUACCACCAGUACCUAUGAUAUUCUAAUUAACACAAUGAUAGAUCAUUGUGAACAAUGACUUUUCUAUCUUUCUGACUUACAUGACGAGUUCCUGGCGAUACCUGACAAUUACUACCUGAUAUCGAUACUUACUCAUUCCUAAUUGAAUGUAAUUUAAUGGUUAUCCUAAUAGCGACAUUGUUGAUGUAGAGUCAUAGCUUUCAAAGCCAUAUUUAGAUUCAAGCCCUUUAAAAGUAAACAGAUGCUUUUAUAAGAGUGUAUUUCUUCAGGAGAACUACUUCAAGGGUGCUUCAGAAUUUAGAAAUACAGGGUCAAAAUCUCUUUGCUUCCUAUGUGGGGCUUGCGUGUUCUCCCCCAAAGUUACGUAGUUGUUUGGUUAAGAACUAAAUAGUUCAUAAGUGUGAAUAUGAUUGUAAAUAAUUGUUUGUGUGCCUUGUGAUUGACUGGCAACUGGUCCAGGGUGUAUCUGGGAUAGGCUCCAGUUCACCUGCGAGCCUCAUGAGAACAAAUACUUUAGAAUAUAAAUCUACUACAAGGUUUAUUGUUUUGACUAAUAAAAUCACAAGGGCACUUUUUGCUACUUUUAGGUUUUUGUCAUUAGAUUGAGAUCACCAAAACGAAUGUGCAUUCCUUAUCGAACAUGUGAUGACAUAGUUGUUGUUUUUUUUGUCUAUGAAGAAAUUGUCUACCUGAUAGGUGGACACAUUGCUGUUGUACAUAAACUGGUGUAGAACUGUAAUGAGCAGAGCGUGGAGACUAUCCGCCCUUGACACACUUUUUUCAAGGCCAUCUAAUGACCUUUUGUGAGACAUACUGUUGCGGUGGUUAUCUUUAGGAGGUUUAUAAAUUAAGCUUAUUGAGGUGUUUUAACCACUAAUAUUGAAUUGAUUGUAAUUGUCAUUAAAGAACUGACAGCAAGCCAAAUAAAUGAAUGGAAAGACACUUGGAAGGUUAACGAGCUCUGUGCCAUAUAAUAAAAUCUUAUUUAUACUGAUGUUAAAAACGUUUAGGCUAAAAUUAACCUUUUUUUAUUUUAGUUGACUAUUUCAGAGUCAGGUUUGAUUGUUUGUUUAUUGUAACUGAAAUUCCAGCAUAAUUCUGUAAAUAUAUUUUUGAGCAAAGAAGUGACAUUUUGUGCAAUAUUAAAAUGCUGGAAAUAGUGCAAAGGCUGACAAUCGCUGGAAUUUUGUCACUCUUUUUUUGGUUUACAUGUUGAUGUAAGUUAUUUUCUCCAUCAAACAGAUUUUGAUUUGAGGAAUGGUCAUUAAUAUUUGAGUGCUCUAUAAGAGCAGCUGAUAUUCUGUCUAAAUUGAAAGGUUUGGUUCAGUGUACAAGUUAGAUGUUUUCCUUCUGUUGUCCCUUCAUCUUCAGAACAUGAAUACAAUAUCCUCAACAUAAAAGCAAUACUAAAAUCCGGA